CUCAGUAUGAAUUCACAUUUGGCUGGAGAGAGACGCCUCAUGGCUGGGUGUCCUAAAUUGUAUCCGUAAAGUAAAGUUUUUUCAGUUUUCAGGUUUUUCAACUCGUUUUCAGCUUAUCCCCGAAUUUUCAGUUUCGGUCGGAUUGAGAUAAACGAGCUUGUAGAGCCCUGUUAGACGAAAUAAAGGUGAACUUAAUUGCUUGACAGUUUCAGUGUGUUUAACUCUGUUAGCUGUUUGUCUGUUUUGAAGUACAUAUGCAAAUUUUGCAAUAACACAUCUAUGCAAAAAGGAUUGCGCAUUUUUCAGGAAAGUAGUGUGCUACGUGAUGAACAACACUCCGGUGAAGAAUUAUAAAACUUCAGCAACAAUAAAUAACAUAUCAUCGUGAAAGAAUAAGGCAAGGCUUUAAUAAAACCGGUCCAGUCACUUAUUUGUUAUUUACUUAAUUUCGUUGCGAAUCUUGCGAUGCAGUCAGCGUAACAAAUAAAUAAAUCUUUUAUGAUAGAUAUACUACGCGAAUCUGAAAGGCUCUCAGAAAUCUCAAGAUAAAACAAAAAAAUAAAUUAAAAAAUAAAAAGUUCAAAAUUUUAAAGACUCAAGGUUUUUCGUUUAAAACUCUCCAGUAAAGUCUUAAUGAAAGCAAGUGAAAAGGUUUUUAAAGUUGGACACGAUUUUUGCCAUUAAAAAUGUUGGACAUUCUCUCUUAAACAUAUACACUUUACAAAGUUGCAAUACAACUGAAAACCUGGAAAUUCAGAUAAGAAAUUUUUGACAAGUAUGAAAAUUUCUCGAAGAAUUAAUAGAGACCUUCUCCAAGUGAAUUGAACAAGAUGACGGUCACCGGAAUGGAUCUGCGCCCAGGCUCAUCCGCCGAAAGUGGUGGGGGUGGUUUCUCACAGAAUAAUUUAAAUCGAUCCUCCCACACGAGAACGCACAGUCAUCCGCUCCCCUUAAUUUCCGGUUUUAGUCAAAUAUGUCCCGAUCAACCGCCACAACAACCCAUCUCCUCAACCCCACUCACGGAUGCCUUAAAUCUCGACUUUGUCAAUAUUCCCUCCGCCCCAGGAUCCAUUCCUGCCUCCGCCAUGGAGAAGUAUUUAGUCGGCAAUAAUAAUACAGCCCAAGAAAUUAGCGACAUUUUAGUUGACCUCGACCUAGAAUGCAGCAGUACUAAUAGUAAAUCUUGUGCGUCCGAAGUUGUAAAAGUACUCGAUAAUUUUAACACUUUGUUAGAACAAAUUGACGAUAAUAUGACACCAAUGACGACAUCACCACAAAAGUUCGUCUCUCCAACGAAUUCUUCUGCGGGGCCGUCUUCCGCAUCGAAAAUAAAAUCAAGCGUGGAAGCAUUCGCAGAUUUACUGCUGCGUGGCGAAAAUGAGGAUGAAGAUCUCUUAAUCGUGGAAGUAGAGCUUCCCGAGGGUAGUGGUCCCCCCGAUUUGGAAAACGGUGGUGACGACGACAUUGAAGACAUGCUUGACGACCAGGAGGAGGGUCAAGAAGAUGCCGAAGCGGACGACCAGCUCUGUUCUUUACAGGGAGACGAAGAAGACUUGGACUUGGAAGGGUAUGAAAGUGAUCGACCCAUGGUGCGUGCCUCCAUGAGAAAACUAAGACCGAUUAAAGUUAAGCUUAAACCCGUCCCGGAACAUUUCGGUACCGGAAGUGGGUCGGAGUCAUCCAGUGAAAAUAGCAGUGAUCAACUAUGUGUCGUGGUUGUUGUCGGUGGUGGUGACAGUGCAGCACAAAGUACUAGUGAGGGAGUUGUAACAAUGGAGUCAGGAGUAAUAUCAGAGGGUUUGAGGGGAACUAGUCCGACUCGUCAAGGGACGAGUGCGAAUUCUAAUACCACUGGAGGCAUAGCGUCAUCAUCCGAAGAUGCAGUGACAUCGACCCCAUUGCUGGGAACGAGUAGCUGCUCAAGUACCAAUACUACUGGAGGUGCCUCCAGUUCGUCAUCUUCCUCCUCCUCCUCCUCCUCGCCGUCGUCGGUUUCACCAGAAUCUCAGCAGUCAGCCUUAUUACCAUCGGCGGCCUCUUCCACAAAUAAUGCAACGACCAGCACCGCCACAGGAUCGUCGUCCUCGUCGCCAACCCCACCAUCAUCGGGAACGACUACGUCCUUAUCACCCCCACCACCCACGGCGAGACGAAGAUUGGGUGGCACGUUGGGAAGUGUGCCCGCAAGUCGAUGGCCGCAUCGGCUGUCCUCCGUCCUCGCACUGAUUGGGUGCACUCUAGGACUGAAUAACGUUUGCAGAUUUGGACUCCUCUCAGUCAACUAUGGAGCGAACUUUGUCGUGCAAUGGGUCAUAUUGUCGUUCGUGCUGGGUGUGCCACUCCUCACCUUCCACAUGUCGCUGGGUCAAUAUCUCCAUGCCGGAAUUGUAGGGAUGUGGAAAAUAUCCCCGAUUUUUCAGGGGAUUGGGGUCGGACUUUUAUUUUCCCAGGCGUUGGUCGGCCUCUACUCGACGGUUGGGGUGUCCUGGAUGCUUAUCUAUUUUAGGGAUUCGUUCAUUACUCGGGGGGAUCAGUACCGGUGGGGGAAAUGCGUGAGGGAAUUUAGGGAAUGUGAUCCAUAUCAGUCACAAAAUCAGACGGAUUUUGCAGAUACGGUUCCUGACUAUUUCAGUGGGGUCGUACUGCAACGCGCAAGUCCGGACUAUCCACACUCAGUUUAUGUGCCAAACAGCCUCAAAUUCACAGUUGCUUUUAACCUAGCCGUUGUCUGGAUGCUUAUCUUUGUCUCGCUGUCGAAAGGGUUGAAAUCGUAUGGAAAAGUGGUCCACGGUUUCGUCUUAGCUCCAGUUGCAGCCCUUUUCGUCCUAACUUUCAAAAUGGUGGGAUUAGUGGACAAUACUUCAUCACUGUUCGGACAAACGGCCUGGGUCGACUUUUUCUUUAACACGCAGACGUGGGUCGUCGCUGCACGCGAAGUUUUCUUCACCUGGGGUCUCUUGGGGGCUUGCGUCAUGCAAGUCACCUCCCACAACAGACACGCCCACCCGCUCAAGUCUGACGCCGUAAUCGUCGUCCUCGUCACCACGGUGGUCCUUUUACUCUCCGCCUUUGUCGGAAAUAGUUGCCUUUCUAUCAUUUCCGCGGCGACGCCAAGUACUGCGACAACCCUUUUGCAGCGGUACUCGUAUAUCCCGUCGUCAUUUGAGAGCGAACGGACGUACAAGUUCCUCUCUGUGGGAGGUGGGAGUAACAAACCAGAGGAUGCCUCCUUGUUUCCACUCUCGUCAUCCAACCUGCACCACAACCCGCUUCUGAUGGGGGUGCGAAUCCUCCGAAUGGACGGAAAAGCUGGCAGUGACCCGACCGCGAGUGGAUAUCAAGUUCUCCGCUUGGCGACGGAACUAUUUCCCACGGCGAUGGCGGUGUUAAGUUCGACGGGAUUGUCCCCUUUUUGGACGGUUCUCUUCUACUUUACGCUCGUCCUUUUCGGUUUGGCGCAACAACUUGCGAUUUGGCACACUGUCAUUAAAGGAGUGAUCGCCAUCAAGUACAAAAUGCUCAAAAGUUGGGAAACGACUAUUACUUUUUUCGUGUGCGCGAUGGGAUUUGCUCUCGGACUUCCGCUGUGUACAGAGACUGGGGUUUUCGUAACUUAUUUUCUCGACUUCACGGUCGGAUCUGGCUGGUGGAUCAUGAUUCUCUACUUGCUAGAGUUGGUGGCAGUGUUCAUCGUUCGAGGUGCGCCAUACUGUGGGGAGAACAUUGUCACCGUUCUGCUGACUGGACCGGGAAGGAUCGCCAAGUUUCUGGCACCAUUAGUUUCAUUUAUUUGGAAUGUCAUCAUGCCUGUUGCGCUGCUGGUCUUGUCAAUCGCUUCCUUCAAAAGUGGCAACAUCCGCGAACUCUACGACUGGAAUCCAAACCGAGGAUACAUUUUUUGGCCAAGUUGGACCCGAGAAGUGGGAUCGCUGAUACAACUCUUGCCAAUUUUAGCUGUACCAUUUGUCGCUAUUGUGCAGAGUUGUCGAUAUCUGACGAAUGGAUCUUCCGAUAUCUUUGAGAGAUUGCAACAAUUGUACCGUCCCAGUACUCGGUUAAGAUUUGGAAGUGCGAACUCAGAAUCCAGAAGAGAACGGUCUACCACAGGUCGAAGUGAAGAUCCGCCCCCCAAAUAUACCCCACCGCCGUCAUAUUCAACUGCCACCGGUGCCAAAAUUGCACGCUUCCUCCGGAACAGUAUUCGUCGCAGUAUGCGCCGCAUCACUACAAAUCCCAACGGUCCAUCAACCUCCAACUCAGAUCCCAACCUGCCUCCCCCACCCGCCUAUGCGUCCGUCAUUCUCGAAAUUAAUAACCAAUCUUCACAAGGGUCGACUUCCUCCUCGUCGUCCUCGUCCUCAAUUCCACCUCCACUCUACUCUGAAGCGACGGCAGGAACGUCUCGCCAAGGGACAAAGGACAUCACAAUUAUUUCCGGUUUCCGCACAAAGGUCCCUCUCAGCCACACCCUGUCUUCCGACUUUAGCCGGAAAGAGCGACCUUCCGUGAGAAGGAUUAGUUCCGAAAUCAAUUCGAGAGACAUCGCCCGAAUGUUAAGCUUGCGGUCGGGCGUUGAUAACAACAAUGGUGUUGACGGUGGUGGUGGUGGUGUCAUUAUCGAUCAUCAACUUCCAGGAACGUCAACAGCCCCGCCCUACACUUUUAGUCACUCUUCCCUCGAAAAAAUUGACUAUGACCUCGAUUUCCUGAACCAUUUGGAGCUUGGGUGUGAUCCUGAUGCACGACCGACCUUUGACCUUUUAAGUUUCAACAGGAGUCGAAACAGGAACAGUAACGAUUCACAACUCGCCUUAAUUAGUGAUGGUUUCCUCUACGAUAAUUCAAAUGGGGGUGGUGGGAGCAGAAGCAGUAGUCGUGUCGAGCUAGAUAUCGAUAUGAGACUGGGCUUCCAAAAUCCUGAAAGACAUUCCGAGGCUUAACUACAAUUAAGUUUAAUUAUUUCAAUUCAAUUAAGGCAAUAGUUGAUAAAUGUUGUUCAAAUUGUUGCCUUAUUUAAAACUAAUUACUGAGAACUACAACAAAAAUAUGCCAUAUUUACAGAAACGUUCCACUUUUUCAGUGUACCGUUUCUCCAUGCAAAUGAAUGAACCUGUGUGAAUGCAAUUUUUGUGCGUGGUAUAAAAAGAAAGUUGUGAUUUUUUGUUUGUCUCUACUCCUCACUAUUAUGCAGAUUUUUCUUUUACAUAUAUUUAAAUAAUGUUACCAAUACAUAAAAUGCUACGUAAAUAGUCAUUUCAUUUCCUAAUUUUAUUUUAUUUAGUUAAUUCAUGUAAAGAUUAAUAGAGAGAACUGAUUUAUACCCGAAAACAAUUUAUGGCUGAAAUGUGUCGACUAAAAAUAUGAUGAAGAUUUCGAGAAUAAAAUGUUGAUUACAGAAUUUGA